AUGUACGGUGGAUUCGGUGGAUACGGCGGAUAUGGCGGUGGAUAUGGCGGUGGAAGUUCAGAAAUGAGAUCUGAUAUGUGGAUUCAACAAAACAUUCCCGGUGGAUUAAACAGUGCUCUCGGUGAACGAUUAGAUAAUUUCAUGGGUGGAAAUUCUAAUCCAACAUAUGGUCAAAUUUAUGGUGGUGCGCCAGGUGUUGGUGGAUACGGUGGUGGCUAUGGUUAUUCAUAUGGUGGAUGGUAA